CCGCGUGAUUUAGAAGGCGGAAGUGGAGCGGAAGCCAUUAUCCUCCGGAGGGGAUCGGUUCUCCAUACAUGGGCCGUGGAGAGCUCCUCUAUGGUUUUCUCCCAGCUGUUAGUGACAUUCCGCGUCACCCUACCAGAUCCGACCGUCCCUUUGAACUUGUCGAUCCUUUGACGGCAGCUUCCACGACCUCCGCUACCCCUGCUCAGUCCGAGGCCUGCUUGAAGAGUCCCAUGAAAGCGAGAGAGUAGCUUUCUGAUGCCAGUGCCCCGUUGUUCAGGCAAACCCGUUGUUGUUCUCACAGGAUAUGGCGGCUGUUGAUUUCUCUCCCACGUGUGGUGUAUCCAGCCAGGACCCUGCCCAUAUCCAGGAGUCAGAAUUUCCUCUUGCUUCAAAAGACCAUUCUUGUCACCACGAUGUGGACCUGUUGGCUUGUAAUGGCCUGGAGCCUCAUAUGCCAACUAAUGUUGGUUCCCAGGACUCAGUGACUUUUCAGGAUGUUGCAGUGGACUUUACUGAGAAGGAGUGGCCCUUGUUGGAUUCUUCUCAGAGAAAAUUGUACAAAGAUGUAAUGCUGGAGAACUAUAGCAACCUUGCCUCAGUCGGGUGUCAGGUGGGGAAGCCCAGCCUCAUCUCCCACUUGGAGCAAGAAGAGGAGCUGAGAACAGAGGAGAGGGGACUUCCCCAAGGCACAUGUCCCGAUUGGGAGAUUUCAUCUAAAACCAAAUGGUCCCUCCUCAUGCAAGAUAUUUUUUUUGGGAAGGAAACAUCCAGCGGUGUGACAAUGGAAGGAACUCACCUUGGAGAGAAAUCCACUGAAUAUGCCCACCUGUUUGACGUGUUCGGCAUGGGUGCUCAUCUUACUCAGCAAGUGGGAAGGCACACCAGCAAGAGGCCCUAUCACCGCCGGGACUGUGGGGUCGUUUUCAAGAAUAGGUCUCAUCUAACUCAACAUGUAAGCAUUUUCAAUGGGAGGAAGAUGCACGAAUGUCAUCAGUGCCAAAAAGCCUUCACCACCAGUGCUUCCCUGACACGGCACAGGAGAAUUCACACUGGGGAGAAACCCUACGAAUGCAGUGCCUGCGGGAAGGCUUUCAAUGACCCCUCAGCCCUUAGGAGUCACGCGAGAACUCACCUCACAGAGAAGCCCUUUGACUGCAGUCAGUGUGGAAAUGCAUUUCGAACCCUCUCCUCCCUGAAGAUACACAUGAGAGUUCACACUGGGGAGAGACCUUACAAGUGUGAUGAGUGUGGGAAGGCGUAUGGCAGGAGCUGCCACCUCAUUGCACACAAAAGGACCCACACUGGAGAGAGGCCCUAUGAAUGUCAAGACUGUGGGAAAGCUUUCCAGCAUCCCUCACAUCUCAAAGAGCACGUCAGGAAUCACACUGGGGAGAAACCCUAUGAAUGCACCCUGUGUGGAAAAGCCUUUCGAUGGAAGUCUAAUUUUAAUUUGCACAAGAAAAACCACAUGGUAGAGAAGACAUAUGAGUGUAAAGAAUGCGGAAAAUCCUUUGGUGAUCUCUUAUCACGGAGAAAACACAUGCGAAUUCAUAUCGUAAAGAAACCCGUGGAAUGUAGGCAGUGUGGAAAAACGUUCAGAAACCAGUCCAUCCUUAAGACACACAUGAAUUCUCACACUGGAGAGAAACCGUACGGGUGCGACCUAUGUGGGAAAGCCUUCAGCGCGAGCUCAAACCUGACCGCACACAGGAAAAUACACACCCAAGAGAGACGCUAUGAAUGUGCUGCCUGUGGGAAAGUCUUCAGUGACUAUUUAUCCCGGAGGAGGCACAUGAGCAUUCAUCUCGUAAAGAAACGUGUUGAAUGUAGACAGUGUGGGAAAGCCUUCAGAAACCAGUCAACUCUUAAAACACACAUGAGAAGUCACACAGGAGAGAAGCCGUACGAGUGUGAUCACUGCGGGAAGGCCUUCAGCAUAGGCUCAAACCUUAAUGUCCACAGGAGAAUACACACUGGAGAGAAGCCGUAUGAGUGCUUGGCCUGUGGGAAGGCCUUCAGUGACCAUUCAUCUCUUCGGAGUCAUGUGAAAACUCACCGGGGAGAGAAGCUCUUAGUGUCAUCGGUGUGGAAAAGGCUCCAAUGACACACCUUUAAGAAACUGGGAGCUCAGACUGAAAGGAAACCCCAUAAGUGUGAGGAAGGCAGGAAAGCCUUUCUGAAGUCAUCUUACUGGACAUAAAGGAAUGCGUGAAAUUUGGAAGUAAUAUAGUUUGUGUAAUGACUGUGGGAAGAUCCGAGUUAUUUUCUCAUAACUUUGGAGAUCUGUGAGAAUUUACACUGAGGGAGAAAAUGUGUAUCUUUGGUGUGGAGAAGCUGUCAGUGUACAUUUAACUCUUAACAAACAUGACAACUUAAAGAGAGAAAUCAUAGCCUGGUAUUUAAUGUUAAAAUGACUGUAGUAUCACCUGGCACCUUCUGGGCACACUAGUAAGCACACAAGGGAGAAUCUGUAAAUUCAUCAACUGGGCAAACAAUUCCUGGUCUCAGUGUAUUCCUCAUGAGAGAAAUAACACAAAGGAGAAGUAUCUAUAAAAUAAGAAACAUGGGGAAUUCAGUAACGGGUCCGCAAGCUACAGCCAGUUGUCUUGUUAAUAUAUAGUUCUCAAGAAUAGUUUACAUUUUUAAGGAAGGAAAAUAGGUGACAGACUGUAUGUGGCCCACAAAGUCUAAAAUACUUGCUGUAUAGCCCUUUACAGAAAAAAUCUGCCAACCUCUAUUGCACAGCAGUGGUUCUCAACUGGGGGUAGCUUUGCGCCCCAGGAGACAUUUGGCAAUUUCUGGAGACAAUUUUGGUAAUUAAAACUGGGGGAGGAGUUAACCGAUGUAGUUGGAAGACAUCAAGGAUGCCACUAAAUAUCCUACAGUGCAGAGGAAGGAGCCUCCCAGAACAAAGACUUAUGUGCCCCAAAAUGUUGAUAUUGCCAAGGUAGAGAAACCUUGGCGUACAUCAGGCCCUCAACUUUUAGGAAACUUGAGCAUUUACAGUAGAGUGUCUAUUUCAAAAAUAUCCCUACAUGGAGGUGAUUUCAGCCACAGCCCCCCACUUGUGCUUAUGAGAAUUCAUUCACCUCCCAAUGGAAUUUUCUAUUUAAUAGGAAAUUGCAUUUGUCUUUCAUCAUGAACACAGACCAUAGCUUAUAAGUUUUUAGUGUUUUGUUUUUAAGAUCAUGCGCUAAAUUUCCCUUUAUACAUACCACAAAAGGUUUGUAUGUAGUAUUUUUAUUAUAAUUUCAUUCUUAAUAAUGUCUUUAAGACAUUCUUAAAGUGAGACAUUCUUUGGAUGUUUCAUUCUUUUCUAUUUACUAGUUUUAAUGUGUUAUUUUUCUUUUGGGUGACUUGACCAGUAGACUCUGUAGAAUCUUACGUACUGUGCAAUGUGGGUAUUUUAGUAAAAUACCUUGUUACAGUUUUCUAAAUCAAAUGCAUUGUGAUCAAAGCAUGAUUUCUUUAUCACGUGUCCUUUGGGAUGUUCCAACCAAUGGUGGCAUAUACUUCUAGUUGCUUCCCCAGUAUCUCAUCUUCUAUAUCAAGAAAACCCAAUUUUUGUCAGAUUAGUAAGGUGUGCUAUUUUAAAAAUCUCUUAGGUUUUCUUACAUCUAGUACAGUCCACAUUCCACAACCUGGCCACUAACAGAUAAGCAGAUGUUACUAUAUAGGCUCUGAAAAUACUCUUGAAAAAGAGGCCAUUCCUACCUGGAUUCUUCUCCACAUGUUUUGUUUCAUUUUCUUUCCCCCCCCAUUUCUCACUGCAAGAUCUAGUAACUAGUGUUAAAAGGUAUAUUUUGUGACCAGUGAGGAUGCAAAACACAGGUUAGAGAGGAUCCUGCAGCAAAUUCACAGAUGAUUCUGGCUUCCCCUGUGGCUUCUUUGAGUGUCCGUGCUAGCCCUGGAUUUGUUAUUUCCAGAGUUCCUAUUUAA